GGCGCAGCGGCACGGACGGAUCGGGUUAAGGGACAUAGCACUGCUACGUUCCGCACCGAGGAAAGAGGGAGGGAAACUCCGGACCAGAGACAAAGAGGGACUCUGAAUAUGUCUGGCAUAGCUCUUAGCAGACUCGCACAGGAGAGAAAAGCCUGGAGGAAAGAUCAUCCAUUUGGAUUUGUAGCAGUACCUACAAAAAAUCCAGAUGGCACAAUGAAUCUAAUGAACUGGGAGUGUGCUAUUCCAGGAAAGAAAGGGACACCGUGGGAAGGUGGCUUAUUUAAACUACGGAUGCUUUUCAAGGACGACUACCCUUCUUCACCCCCAAAAUGUAAAUUUGAGCCACCAUUAUUCCACCCAAAUGUGUAUCCUUCAGGCACAGUGUGUCUCUCCAUCUUAGAGGAGGAUAAGGACUGGAGGCCAGCAAUCACAAUUAAACAGAUCUUGUUAGGAAUACAAGAACUUCUAAAUGAACCAAAUAUUCAAGACCCAGCUCAAGCAGAGGCUUACACAAUUUACUGCCAAAACAGAGUGGAAUAUGAAAAGAGGGUUCGAGCACAAGCCAAGAAGUUUGCACCAUCAUAAGCAUCUGUCAUGCAGCAUCUUAAAAAGGAAGGGAUUGGUUUGGCAAGAACUUGUUUACAAAACUUUUGCAAAAUCUAAUGUUGCUAUGUACAAUUAAUAUCCACUUAGGGGAGGGGGUUGUAUGUGUGCCAUUUUCCAUAUUCGCCACUUGUAUACAGUUCUAAAUUUGCUGAAUUGCCCCCAGUUUUUUCAUACAGGGUCUCUUCCUUCAGUCUUUUGUAUUUUUGAUUGUUAUGUAAAACUUGCUUUUAUUUUAAUAUUGAUGUCAGUAUUUCGACUGCUGUAAAAUUAUAAACUUUUAUACUUCUAUAAAUUCACUAGUAUCUCUAGUUACUUUGCUAUCUGAUGCAGGCAUGCUUUAAAAUGUUAGAACUAUAUUUAGCCUCUAGCUGGCUGUAUGAAAAAGAAAAUCAUGCCCUCCACCCCCUUCCCUCCCUGAAUUUGUUUUUCUAUCUUUCAGAAACUAGGUUGUAAUUGCUUAAGAGCCUCUGAGAUCCAAAGUCAGCCAGCAUCCUUACUCUGCAUCACUUCCUUUGUGUUUAUAUGGCGUUGUCUGUGUUGCUGUUUAGAGUAAAUAAACUGUUUAUAU